AUGGCGACGAAGACCGAGCCGGCGGCGGAUUCUCCCACUUCGGUUCUCGAGGAAGAGGAUUUGUGUGGGGAGAUUGAUGUGAAAUUGGUGAAGGCGGAGGAGGAGCUGCUCGAGGUUCGGGUUAAGGAAGAGGAGACAGAAAGGGAGAAGGAGACACCCGUCUUGAGUGAGACUCAGUUCAGCAAGUUGGAUGAGCUUCUCACUAAGACUCAGCUUUUUACAGACUUUUUGCUCGAGAAAAUGGAUGACAUCUCUUUUGAUGUUCCCGAGCAACUGAAUGAACCUGAACCUGUGCAGAAAAAGAGAGGCCGCGGUACGAAAAGAAAGGCUCCUACUUACAAUAAUACUAAGGCCAAGAGGGCAGUUGCGGCUAUGCUUACAAGAUCUAAAGAGGGUGAGAAAAUUGAAGAUGUGAACCUAACUGAGGAGGAAAGACUUGAGAAACAGCAAAAGGAACUUGUACCUCUACUGACUGGUGGCAAAUUGAAGUCUUAUCAACUCAAAGGUGUAAAGUGGUUGAUCUCUUUAUGGCAAAAUGGGCUCAAUGGGAUCCUUGCAGACCAAAUGGGACUUGGCAAGACUAUCCAGACCAUAGGUUUUCUUUCUCAUCUAAAAUCUAUGGGAUUGGAUGGGCCCUACUUGGUGAUUGCUCCUCUUUCUACUCUUUCCAACUGGAUUAAUGAAAUCUCAAGGUUUACGCCUUCAAUUAAGGCUAUAAUCUAUCAUGGUAACAAGAAAGAAAGGGAUGAGAUAAUAAGGAAGCACAUGCCCAAAUCAGUUGGCCCGAACUUCCCAAUAAUUGUUACUUCAUAUGAAGUGGCGUUGGCUGAUGCAAGAAGAUGUUUAAGACACUACAACUGGAAAUAUCUCGUGGUUGAUGAAGGACACAGAUUGAAAAACUCCAAGUGCAAACUAGUGCAGCAGUUGAAGUACAUACCUGUAGAGAAUAAGAUUCUGUUGACUGGAACACCUCUCCAGAAUAAUUUGGCUGAGCUUUGGUCGUUGUUGAACUUUAUUUUGCCGGAUAUAUUCUCAUCCCAUGAAGAAUUUGAGUCGUGGUUUGACCUAGAAGGAAAGUGCCAUAAUGAAGCAAUGAAGGAAGAAUUAGAAGAGAAGAGAAGAGCUCAAGUGCUACCGAAACUCCAUGCAAUAUUGCGUCCCUUUCUUCUCCGAAGAAUGAAGAUAGAUGUUGAGCUGAUGCUUCCAAGAAAGAAGGAAAUCAUACUAUAUGCAACCAUGACAGAGCAUCAAAAGAAGUUUCAGGAACAUCUGAUCAAUAAGACACUGGAGAAACAUCUAAUACUUGAAAAGGGAAGCCAUGUAAAUGGCCUGAAAGGGAAGCUGAACAAUUUGAUGAUCCAACUUCGGAAGAACUGCAAUCAUCCUGACCUUCUAGAGUCGGCAUUUGAUGGAUCAUAUUUCUACCCGCCUGUUGACCAGAUAGUUGAGCAAUGUGGGAAAUUUAGCUUGCUUGAAAGACUGUUGAAGCUGCUGCUUGCCGGCAAACAUAAGGUUCUGAUAUUCUCGCAGUGGACCAAGAUUUUGGAUAUAAUGGAUUACUAUUUUAGCGAAAAAGGAUAUGAAGUUUGUAGAAUUGAUGGCCAUGUGAAACUGGAUGAUCGGAGAAGACAGAUUGCUUCGUUCAAUGAUUUAGACAGCACUUGUAGAAUAUUCCUACUGAGCACAAGAGCCGGUGGACUAGGUAUCAACCUUACUGCAGCUGAUACCUGUAUACUGUAUGACAGUGAUUGGAACCCUCAAAUGGAUUUGCAAGCCAUGGAUAGAUGUCACAGGAUUGGGCAAACCAAGCCUGUUCAUGUUUACCGGUUGGCAACAGCACAAUCUGUAGAGGGUCGGAUGUUAAAAAGAGCUUUUAGCAAGUUGAAGCUUGAACAUGUAGUUAUUGGAAAAGGGAAGUUCCAUCAGGAAAGAGCCAAGCCUGAGGCAGAUUUCUUGGAGGAAGAGGAUCUCAUAGCACUUCUCCGAGAUGAAGAAUCUGCUGAAGACAAGAUGAUACAGACAGAUAUCACUGAUGAAGAGCUGGAGAAAGUCUUGGAUCGCAGUGAUCUCAUUGGGACUCCUCCUGAUGCUGCUGAUGCGCUUCCCCUGAAGGGACCUGGCUGGGAAGUGGUGGUUCCUACCGCUAGUGGGGGCAUGCUCUCCUCCCUUAAUAGUUAG